AUGGCAGGGGCUCUGCUGGGCGCGCUCCUCGUCUUGCAGCUCCUCGGUAGGGGUGAGGCGAAGAACGAGGAGCUGCGUCUUUACCACCAUCUCUUCGACAACUAUGACCCAGAGCGCCGGCCAGUGAAGGAGCCUGAAGAGACGGUCACCGUCACCGUCAAGGUCACCCUGACCAACCUCAUCUCCCUAAACGAGAAAGAGGAGACCCUCACCACCAGCGUCUGGAUUGGAAUCGACUGGCAGGAUUACCGACUCAACUACACCAAGGACGACUUCGGGGGCGUGGAGACCCUGAGGGUGCCUUCGGAACUCGUCUGGCUCCCGGAGAUCGUGCUGGAAAACAACAUUGACGGCCAGUUCGGCGUGGCCUACGACGCCAACGUGCUGGUCUACGAGGGUGGCUACGUGAGCUGGCUGCCCCCCGCCAUCUACCGCAGCACCUGCGCCAUCGAGGUCACCUACUUCCCCUUCGACUGGCAGAACUGCUCGCUCGUCUUCCGCUCGCAGACCUACAAUGCCGAAGAGGUGGACUUUGUCUUCGCCGUGGACGACGCGGGCGAGACCAUCAGCAAGAUCGACAUCGACACCGAGGCCUACACUGAGAACGGCGAGUGGGCCAUCGACUUCUGCCCCGGGCUGAUCCGUCGCCCCGACGGCGCCUCCGCGGGCGGCCCGGGGGUCGUCGACGUCAUCUACACACUCAUCAUUCGCCGGAAGCCGCUCUUCUAUGUUAUCAACAUCAUCGUGCCCUGCGUGCUCAUCUCGGGCCUGGUGCUGCUCGCCUACUUCCUGCCGGCGCAGGCCGGCGGCCAGAAGUGCACCGUCUCCAUCAACGUCCUGCUCGCCCAGACCGUCUUCCUGUUCCUGAUUGCGCAGAAAAUCCCCGAGACGUCGCUGAGCGUGCCGAUGCUGGGCAGGUACCUCAUCUUCGUCAUGGUGGUUGCCACGAUCAUCGUCAUGAACUGCGUCAUCGUGCUCAACGUGUCUCUGCGGACGCCCACCACACAUACCAUAUCCCCUCGGCUGCGCCACGUCCUGCUGGAGCUGCUGCCGCGGCUGCUGGGCUCGGGCGCGCCCCCCGAGGCUCCCCGGACCACCUCACCGCCCCGGCGCGCGUCCUCGGUGGGCCUGCUGCUCCGCGCUGAGGAGCUGAUACUGAAAAAGCCGCGGAGCGAGCUCGUGUUUGAGGGACAGAGGCACCGACAUGGGGUCUGGACUGCUGCCCUCUGCCAGAGCCUGGGCUCCGCCGCCCCCGAGGUCCGCUGCUGCGUGGAUGCCGUGAACUUCGUGGCCGAGAGCACGCGGGAGCAGGAGGCCUCCGNCCUCGGGGGGGGUGGGACGGGGGGGGGGGGGGCGGAGGUGUCCGACUGGGUGCGCAUGGGGAAGGCCCUGGACAACAUCUGCUUCUGGGCCGCCCUGGGGCUCUUCGGCGUGGGGUCCAGCCUCAUCUUCCUCGGGGGCUACUUGAACCAGGUGCCCGAACUGCCCUACCCACCGUGUAUGUAG